ACAAAACGGCUGGCAGUGAUUUCUCUACACGCACUCGGCCCACUUGCGCAUAAAGCACGAUUUUUAAUCUGUUAUAGCUACCAGAAUGGACUUAAACAAUGUUAGGCGCGUAUCCUCUGCAGGCUACCGGUUACGGGAACAAGCCAACGGUAACGGGACCAGGCCGAUAUCAAGCCAGCCACCGGCGGACAGGACGCGCUACGCUAAAGGAGACGCGGUUACCGUAGAGCUGAAUCCAGACAGGCGUGAUCCCGUUAAACAGGACCAGGUGCGGAAAGAGAUGGUAUGGAGUGAGAGGAGAGGAGUGCGGGAAUGGGAGAAGAACUGGAACUUCCUCAGGAACUAUGAUCAAAUGGGGCAGCCGAAGUCAGAGGAGCCUUUACCCACCCAUGUGUCGCUCUUCUCUAAUGACGUCCCCAACACCACCAACCAGAUGUUUGGCAGCAGACUGUCCACUCCACUGGGGAGUGAACUGGUCAGACUGGACAGGCUCUUAUUCUGGUCUGGAGGCCAUCACAAGCGCAAGCAGGACCAAGAGAUGCUGCCCUGCUAGGCCGCUGUGAAGACGAGUCACUUGUCAUCCGGACCUCUGCGUAUCAGGUCUUUCUUCUUUUCUUUUUUACCCUGGACUCUACAAAGCUGGGACUGCACUGUCCUUAUAUGGAGCUUAGAUGGGUUUGACAUGGUGUGGCACUCACCAUAGCUCAGCCUAGAGUUUAGAGUUAGUAAUUAUUAAGUAAAAUACAGACAUCUACUUUCGAAGCCAUAUCAGGGAGGGAGUCAGGACUAAUAAGAACAUGUUUGCUGUCCUACAUCUGCUAGUUUCCCAGAUAUGCAAUCAUUUAUUGAUUAUAUUGAACUUUAUGUCCAGCAUUGUACUCAUUUAGUCAUAGAUGAAGAUAGAUCUGAGUAUCGUUGACCGUGGCAAAAACAUUUUUUGUACAUAUGCAAAAAGUACAAAAGUGGACGUUGAAGAAAUUUGGUCACCAAUAAAGACAGGUGAGAAGGGAUGACACCAGUAGAUCAGAUUCACGUCAUCCGAGCUCCAUCGGGUGUUUAAUCAGAUAGCCUGCUUGAUAAUCUAACAAGAUACCUGAUCAAAUUUGGAUGAGUGAAAGGUUGUAUCACCACUACACAUUUCUGCACACUCAAAUAGCGCUACGGCAACAAACAACAAACUAACUAGCAUACAGUUUAAAUCUGAGAAUAAUACUUGCUGAUGCUAUUAGAAUCUUAUUUUGGUGUUAAAUUGUGUUAAAAAUUUUUCUUCAUUUUAAAAUGCCUAAAAUUGCUGUUACAUUUAUUACAUGUUUUGCCAGGACCUCUAAGCCAUUGUUCCAUGGUGGAGACAUGGAAUUACAGUCAUUUUCAUUUGUGUGAUCCUCACAAUAAUAUAGCUUACACUCAUCUGCACUUUAUGUGAGCGGCAGCAUAUCUCAGGUUGUUGUUGCUGUUGCAGCUGCUUCAAAAUGCCAUUCCGUAUAUCGUUAUGUUGUUAUAAACCACUGCCCCUUUUGUCUGAAUUUGAAGGAAAAAAUGUUGAUCCCCGUUGAAUUUGAAAAAACUUGUACGAUCUGGAUCGAAGUCAAUGUCUCAUUUCAAUAAAGAUUUUU